CCCCGCGCGCAGUGCAUGCCGGGCGGCCGCGGCUGGCGGGCGGCUCGGCGCGGCUCGGCGCGGCGGCGAUGGCGGGGGGCGGGCCGGGGCCGCGGCCGCGGCGGGGCCCGGGGCCGUGGGGGCGGCGGGGCGCGGCGGCGGCGGCGCUGGCGGCGGCGCUGGCCGUGCUGGCGCUGGCCUGCCUGGUGCUGCGCGGCGCGCUGGUGGGCGCGGCGGCUCUGGGCGCGGCGGGGGCCUGGUGCGCGCUGCGGCCCGGCCCGCCCGCGCCGCGGCCGCCCGGUAAAGCCGCCGCCGCCGCCAACGGGGGCCCGGCCGCCGCCUCGAGCCGGCCUGCGCGGGCCCCGCCGCGCCGCCUCGCCCUCGGGACGCCGCUGGCUGCCCCGAGUCGCCUGGCGCAGGCCCCGCGCCGCCGCUACCCCAUCCAGCAGCCCCGGUACGCCUCGCUGGGCGCCCUGCCCGCCGUCUGCUGGGACGGCUGUCCGAGGAAGAGCGUGCUGUCGGCGCGCAACUCCGGCAUGGUGCGCAGCCCCGUGACGGUGAAGAUCGCCCGGCCGGCCUCUGGCCUGGCCCGCUCCCCCGCCUUGGAGCAGCUGAUCUCGCCAAUGGCCUUUACAUCCAACAGCAGCCUGGACCCAUGUGCAAAAGAGACUGUGCUGAAUGCCAUCAAGGAGAGUAGGAAAAGAGCUGUGGAGGAGGAGGAGGAGGACCAGGCUUUUGGGAAUGAUCAGGAGAGCAAGAGAAGGCGCCACGACAGCAGUGGAAGUGGGCAGUCAGCAUUCGAACCACUGGUAGCCAACGGUGCCCCUGCCUCUCUCAUACCCAAGCCUGGUUCUCUGAAGAGGGGCCUUGUUUCACACUGCCUAGAUGACUGCUCAAACAAGAGGUCACGCACCUCUUCCAUGAGCUCUGUGAGCAAUAUGUAUGCUGGUGGGAUCCCCAGCUCCAUUCGCAACGCCAUCGCCAGCUCCUACAGCUCUAGCCGAGGCCUCUCGCAGCUGUGGAAGACAAGCGGUGUGAGUGUGUCCCCGCUGUCCAGCCCAGCGUCCUCACGCUCCCAGACACCAGAGUGGCCUCUCAGGAAAGCAAGGGAAGAGGAAUCUCUUCGCUCCAACACUUCCACGCCAGUGAAAUCAGACAAGGAGCUUCAGACCGAAAAAGUGGUGGAGACACCUGUGCGGAAGAAGCAGAAUUCCCUGAGCUCGCCAUCCGUGUCGGGAAGCAGUGGGAAACGCAAGCGGAAGAUCCAGUUGCUGUCGUCUCGACGGGGAGAUCAGCUCACUCUGCCCCCACCGCCUCAGCUGGGUUAUUCCAUCACCUCGGAGGACCUGGAUGCGGAGAAGAAGGCAGCGCUGCAGUGGUUCAACAAAGUCUUGGAGGAUAAAGCUGUAGAUCCAGCCCCCAGCACCACUGCAGAGACUGCCCCUCAUUCCAGGCCACUGGCGUUCACGGUGACCUCCGCAGGGCCUGCGCCUGUGUCAACAGCUGCACCCGCCAGCAGCAACUCGCUCUUGGACAGCCUGAAGAAGAUGCAGAGCAGCCAGACUGCCCCUGUGUCGGCAGACUCUUCUGGAGCUGCAGUAGUGUCUGCACCAUCUUCAUCAGCACCACAGCUGCCUGCUCCAGCUGUAUCACUGGAGUCGAGUUCGUUACCUGCGACUUCUGCCGACACCAAGCCUGUGCCCAUAUUAAGCAUAACUGCCCCUUCUGCCCCUCCUACCUCUGGGGCACAGCCUGCCAGCAGCCUGGCGAGUCUUUCAUCCACAGAGCUGGGCCCAACCCCCAGCAAACCUGCCUCCUUCCCAAAGCCAAGCAUCCUGUUUGGGGUGCUGAGCACCCCUCCAGCCAGCCAGCCGGUGACGACAGCAGCUGCUGCUGUUCCCACCACGACCCCCGUCUUCAAACCCAUCUUUGGAACUCCGCUGAAAAGCGAGAGCACAGCACCCUGCACGACUGCUGUCUCUGCUGCGGUUGUGUCUGCGAGCUCAGGCCCUUCCUCAACAUCUUCUGCCACUACCAUGUUCAAGCCGAUCUUUGGCAAUGUGACAGCAGCUUCAUCUCCAGCAAAGGCUUCUCCUUUUGCGUUCAAGCCGAUGUCACAGCCAACCUCAGCUGCAGAUCUGCCAGCAGCCUCUACGACUGCCCCGGCAGUGUUCACGGGCCUCCCUGCUGUCAUCUUCACCACUGCAGCCACGACUGCUACCACGCUGAGUUCUUCCACAGAUGCCACCACUAAACCUGUCUUCAGCUUUGGACUCAACCCUCCUGCCUCCACUGGCCCUACUACCAGCCUGACUGUUACCACUGCCACUUCCACCAGUACGUCUCAGCCAUUCCUGUUUGGAGGCCCAGCCAGCUCAGCUCCCAGCACAGAAGGCAGCUUUGCAGCCUCGGGGCCUGUGUUCCAGUUUGGAAAGCCAGCUCCAGCCACAGCCCCUGCCACCACCAGUGUCCCAGGAGGCUCUGCCUUUGGCCAAGCACCUUCAAACUCGACUGCUCCCACCACUGCUGUGGGCUUUAGCAUUUUUGGAGGCACUGCCCUGACAUCUACCCCAGCAACCACAGGUCAGUCAACGUUGACAUUUGGCUCCUCUGUUACAGCGUUUGGCAGUUCUUUCAGCACAAGUGCGAAGCCACCACCGCCGUAUCCUGGCACAACAAAUCCAUCAGCUUUCAGCACCGGUGCUGCCGAGAGCCAGCCACCUGCCAGCAAACCCUCUGCAGGUCCAGUCAGCUUUGGCCCCUCUUUCGCUUUUGGAGCCCCCACAGCCCAGUCCACCGCUCAGCCAGCAUUUGGUAGCAGUGCUCAGCCGGCGUUUGGCACAACCAGUACCCAGGGCUCCUUUGGCACCAGCAGCACCCAGGCAGCGUUUGGAACUACCACGUCGGUCUUCUCUUUCGGGACUGCCACUUCCACCACAGCCAGCUUCGGUUCCAGCACCCAGACCACAACCAGCAGCACUGGCACUGCUGUCUUUGGCACCACCCCCUCUCCUUUCACCUUCGGGGCGUCUGCCCAGCCAGGUCCCUCUGCCAGUGCCUUUGGGAUUGGCACACCUGCCCUGAGCAGUGGCUCCCCCGCUGUAUCAUUCAACUUUGGGGCCGGGCAGAGCGGAGCAGCCACUGUGGCAACGCCUUUCGGCUCUUCCCUGACGCAGAGCACGCUGGGCGCGCAGAAUCAGAGCACGCCGUUUGCCUUCACCGUGCCCAGCACUCCUGACAACAAGCCUGUGUUUGGAGGAACUCCUGCUCCCACCUUUGGGCAAAGCACACCUGUCCCAGGAGCAGUGGGGAGCGGAAGCAGUAGCCUUUCCUUUGGGACACCCAGCACUCCUGCCUCAGGCUUUGGGGGAGUCGGUGCUUCUUUCGGUCCCUCGACCCCUGCGUUUUCCAUCGGGGCAGGAUCCAAGACUGGGGCUCGCCAGCGGCUGCAGGCGCGGAGACAGCACACCCGCAAAAAGUAACCUCUCGAGUUGUUAGGCCCCAGCUGCUGGCCUGCUGCGAAGAGCCCCUGCGCCAGCACGCACGCAAGGGGCUCCGGUCUAAAGCAGUCCCCGUGGCAGGACCAGUGGUGGCGGGGGUCCAGCCCCCACCUCCUGUGCCAGCAGGAGACUGUGCUGGGUAGCAGUGACUGGGGUGGGACAGGAUAAACCAAACCCUUCGUACUUGAACAGUUCCUCAGCCAAGGCUGGAUGAACCUCUGUACAUAUCUACAGCGUUUCCUCCCUCAUUUUAUUUUGCCAUGUUUCAUAAUAUGUAAAUUUUCCCCAUUGCUUCUUCUAGCUGUGCCUGUGCCCUCCUCCCCCAGCCCCCCCGACAUUGAGCCCCCUGCCCCACAACGUGGCAGCCAGCAGAGCUGCAGGGUGCCAGCUGACCCGCACGUCGCUGCUCAGAGCCUGGCUGGAGAUCCGCUCUCGUGGCACGCUGCUGUCUCCCUGCAUCUCUGCUGCCCGACCCUGCUGGGCGCAGUUCUCGAACUGCCCCAGUGCUGCUGGGUGAGAUGGUCUUCACCAGGUCCAAAAAUCUUUCCCUGCUCUGUAAUCUGAUGACCUGGUGAACACCCUUCCUCUGGAGGAUUCUGCUCCAAGCUGGUAGUUGCCAUCCUUGCAGAACGCUAGCCUGGAUUCAUGGCAGUGGGGCCCCCACAAGGGUGGGCGUAAGUGUUUCGGUGCCAUAGGUGACUGAUCCAGCUUCUGCAGCUGGGUUAAGACCCCAUUGUCAUAACUUACAUCUCCCAUCAAACCUCUGGCUGAGGUCUCGCAUGCACGGGAUAAUGACUGUGCCAUAGUGUCAGACCUCAGCUGCAGGAGUGCUGUGGCAAUGAGCCGUGCUCAGAGCUGCGAGAAGUGUCCUCCCCUGGCAGGGCCAGGCUCCUUCCAGCAAGGGAGCCCUGGCCCUUGCUGCUCUCCGCCAUCUGUGAGGCUUUGGGCUGACCCUGAUCUGCUCUGUGUAAAGCAUUGUCUGUUUUGCUUUGUUUGUGCUCCUGUUGAUGCACUCAUUGAAUCGAGUUUGGAGGAAGAAUUGAACCGUGUGCGUGGCGGCAUGUUGGUUAUGCCGGAUUUGCUGUUUGGAGUUUUUUUGGGGCGCCUGUUCCCUCGCGAGGGGUGCGCCCUGGCUAAUUGGGUGUUGACAGUAGCAUCACUGCGUGGCUACUAUUGCUGGGUGAGUUCUGUCCUUUUGUCGUGACUGAAAGAAAGGCAGCCGGGGUGGAGGGGCCGGGCCGGGCACGGGGACUGCAGCCCUGGCAGUCUCUCCUCUACUUGUUCUCCCUUCCUGCUGUUCUCCUAAGCUGGGCCAGCAGCUAGUGCCUGUUGACCACCUUGUGGUCUUCUAGAGCCAGGAGGAGUCCAGAGAGGAUGGGUUUACCCCUGAUUCCCCCUUUGGUUUUCACUUUUUAGCUCAUCCCCAUCCUUUUGUUUUUACCAGCUCCUAAGAGCUACGGUGCUGUGUCCAAAGCCCCUGUUCCCACCCAGCCAGAAGUGGGGCUGUUUCUAUAUCUGGGAACUCCUGCGGGAAGAGACUGCCAGGCUGAGGUUCCUCUAGGAACCGAGAGCUGGCCUCAGCCCCAGUGGGGCCUCCCCUUCUCUCUGCCCCGGGGAGAGGGACCGGCACCCCUGCCCCACACUCUCCCCACCACUUCCAGGAGUGCUUUGCUGCCGGGUUUUUUUACUCUCCGAGCCGUGUGAGUGUGUGUGUCUGCCGAAGUCUAAAUUAAAAAGGAAAAAAAAAAACAAAUAUUUAAACAUUUUUUAACAAAAUAAAAAUUUAUUUUUAUAUUUAAGCUAAAUUGCCUUUGAAUUCCUUCAAGCUUGGUUCAGUGAGGUUGCCAGACCCUGCAGCGCUGGUGGUAGAGUUUAGCUGUGCAGUUGCAGUCUGGUGAGGAGUUGGCACGUGGGCCCAGGCCCUCAGCUCUGGCUGCCCGCACCAGAGGGGAAUAGCUGCGCCAGGGAAAGGCAGCUAUGUCCCCUGGGCUGGCCAGGGCUGCAGCACCCCAGGCGUGUGCUCUGUGACCAUGUUCUCCUCCCAGGCUGUAACAAAAAUGUCCUUAUUUUAAAAUGUGAUGUAUGUGGAUGUGACUAAACUCUUUUUUCUUUUUUUUUUUUCUCUUUUUUCUUUUUUCUUUUUUUAAAUUUCCCUGAGGAUGAGAAGCGGGAGCUCUUGCACAUUACAGUGGCAAGUGUGUUUUUUCUCAUCUACCAGGAAAAACAGGCCUCUCCCAGCAGGCACAGGGAAGGCAGGCAGGGUGAAGGGACUGUGUGGUGCAGCAGGGAGGCAGCCCCUCCAGAUAGGCAAGCUGGCCCCUUCUCCCCCUCCAAGGGCUUACAGCUGCCUGGCCCUGGCAUGGGUUCCUUCCCAUACCAAAAUGGCUGGGGGGAUCUGGUGGCCUGCUGGAGGGCUGCUGUUCUGCUAUGGGCAUGGCCGACCUUUGCUGAGGGAGUCGGCUUGGGCAGACGUGGCCUUGGAGGCUGAGGAUCUGGUGAAUAAUGGGGGGUUAUCACCCAUGAGGGCCAAUUUGUGGCAUUUGCUCCCUCUCCUGAGGGCAGCUUGCUGGGGCAGGAGACCACCUGGCUCCUCAUCUACUGCUGCUUCCUCUUGCAGCCUCUGCAGGUCAUCGCUGGCUCCUCCACAGGGGAGGACAGGGAGGCUCCCUAGGGCAAGGAAGCAGGGCGCUCGGGCUUGCAAGCUGGUGCCUGGCUGGUGGGGCAGUGUUGCUUGCACCCUCUGAAGGGCCUUGUCUCACAAAUGCUGGUGGGAGAGGGGUGUCCUGUCUCAGCCUCCUGAAACUUGGGGCAGCUUCAGGCACAGGGCUGGGAGGCAGACGGGAUGGUGAAGAGCAUGAGGACGCAUGCUUUGGAAGGACCCAAGUCUUGUUUCUCAGCCCUCUGCACCAGCUGGUGCACGAGUCCUGAGCCUUCCCACCCUUUCCCAUGGCUUAGAAAUACCAAAGCUUGCCAGGGGCCAAGGCUGCAUCCCUAAAGGAGCCAUUGCCCCCCCCUCCCCACCUCCCUCCCCUGCACAGACACCUUGGUACCUGCUGGGAGAGACCUGUGUAACUGGGUUGCAGUAUGUGGACAGUGGAAGUGGUGGGAGGCUGGAUUUUAACUCAAAACUGAAGACUUGGAUCAUUCCUGGUGUGGCUGAUGAGAAUUUUUUUUUUUUUUAAGUGUGAAUGUGCAAUUUUUUUCCUUGCUUCUGUCACUGAUUUAAAAUAAAAAGUCUGUGUUCA